AUGGCUCAGAACAUGAUGGUAAACUCACAACUGUUGCUGCUGGGGCUUUCAUUGAUGAUGUUCGAGGUGUAUUCACAGCCUCCUCCGGGUUUCAAUUGGGCUCAGUGGUUCAACGAACAGCAUGUGCAAUAUCCCAAGCGCUUUGCUCCCAAUAACAAUCAGUAUUGUGACAUGGAGAUGGGCCGGGUGAAUGGCCACACCAAUGUAUGCAAAGGCUUUAACAGUUUUCUGCACAAUCGGACACAAAAUAUCAUCAAUGUUUGCUUGAAUCCCAAUACCCGCUGUAAGAAUAAUAGGACAAACUGCCAUAAUAGCACAUUUAUAAAUGACAUCACUGAUUGCACAUUGACCAGAGGUCAAUUUCCUCCUAACUGCCAUUACAGAGGCAGGGUUGUAAUGAAGUACUUCGUUGUUGCCUGUGAUCCCAUCGUGCCACGUGGUCCAUUGCUUCCUGUGCAUUUAGAUAAGACCUUUUAG